AUGGACAAAGAUAAAGAUAAAGAGGAAGAUAUAGGAAAUAGUAGUAGUGGUGUUGGUGGUAGUUCAUCAACAGCACCAACAUCUACAUCAUCAUGGUACUUGUCUAAUUAUACGUUUAAUACAGAUGCCAUUACAAGUGGAUUAAACAGUCUGGGUGCAUCGAUUCAACAGAUGAAUAUAGUAGAGACGAUCAAGAAAACCUCUGAUCAAGUGGUUGCAAUCUAUAAAGAGGAUUUACAAGAGUUUUCAAAUUCAAUCAUCUCUGACACUUCAACUAUGGUUCAAUCUCAGAUAAACAAUGUAAAAUCAAAUCUAUCACCUAUGCUUGGCAAUGAUCAACAAGAAGAACAACAAGACGAACAAUUAAACAACAAUAAUAAUAAUAAUAUUACAAGUACAACAUCUACCAAUAGUUUACUUUCACCAAAUCUAUUUAAAGGUAUUUCAUUCUUUGCACCUGAUCCAUCAAAUGCAGAGGAUUAUGAACAAUGGUGUAAAUCAUUUGAUCUAGAUAGUCGUUCAUUUGAAAUUACAAAUAUUAUUGCUGGAAAUGAAACUAUUAAAUCUUUAUAUUCAAAAUAUGUACCAUCAGAAAUGAAUCAUGAAGCAUUUUGGUAUAAAUACUUUUAUAAACAAUAUAAACUUCAAAAAGAAGAAGAAAGAAGAUUAAUUUUAUUAAAAGAGGCAACCAAAGAAGAGGAAAUUGGAUGGGAUGAUGAUGAAAUUACAUUUGAUCAACAAGAUCACUUGAACAACAAUAAUAAUAAUAAUAAUAUUACUCAAUCAGAAAUGGAAAUUAAAAAAGAGGAAAUAGAAUCUGGAUCAAUUAUUCCAAAUAUUAUUGUUGGUGAGGAUGAUGAUGACCAACAUCAAGAAUCAAUUGAUAGUGAUGAAGAAUUGGAUAGAGAAAUACAACAAAAAUAUCUUGAAGAGGAACAAGAAAGACAAUUAAAAUUAAAGAUUAAACAAGAUUUGAACAAGACAAGAAUACUAAUUUUACUUUUAUAUAUUAUUCAAAGAUAUUUGGUUGAAAUUCCAAAUACCAAUGAUAUUAUAGAUAGUCAAAGUUAUAGUCAGAGUAGUGGAAUAGGUACAAUAUCAAAUGGAGAAAGUUUGGCACCAUUUAAUUGUACAGAAGAAUUACUUGCAUCACCAUCAUAUUCUAGAGUAGAUCCAUGUGGAAUGCAUGGAAAAUGUCAACAAGAUUCUUGUAUAUGCAUGCCAUUUUGGUUGGGAGAGACUUGCACAAUAUCAUUUAAAGACCAAUUGGGUAAUUUAUUUCUUUUUUGGAGAGUAGUUUUUGCAAUCAUUUAUGGAACAUUAUUUUUUUAUAUUGCCGGCAAAAUGAUAUUCGAUCAAUAUCAUCGAUUCGUUCAUCGCAUGUCAUUAAAAAUGACAAGUUAUUUAUUAUUAUCUUUGGCUUGUUUAUCAAGAGUAGUUUAUUUAUCAUUGGAUCCUUGGAAACAAUUAGGAAAUGUAUCAAGUAUUGUUGUAGAAAUAUUAGGAGGUUUUGGUAUUUGGUUUGUUUUUAGUGGUUUUUUAAUAGUUUUAUUAUAUUGGAUUGGAUUAUAUCAUAAUGUAUUUAUAAUUAGAAAUACAUUAUUUGUUCCAAUGACAAAAUGGAUAAAAGCUCCAUUUUUAAAAAAAACAAAAGAAAAGGCUGUUAGAAAGUUAACAUUUAUAAUUACUAUAUUAUCAUGGACAUUUUUAUUUGGAGUUGUUUGUAUAAUUAUAUUAACAGCUAAACAGGCAUACAAAACACCUUAUGGUGCAUUGUUGGCCAAUAGUACUCAAUUCAUUUUUGAGAUUGCACUGAUAUUUGAAAUGUUUGUCAUUAUGCGCGAUGAUACAACUUCCAAGUUUUCAACCUAUAUCAAAGAUCGUCAUGCCAAAAAAGGUAAACAUCAUCAUCGUCAUCACCACGGCGACGACACUGAUACAACUAAAACAACAGAAGAAAAGGAAAAGAAAAAGAAAAACAAGGAUAAGGAUCAAAAAGAAAAGGUGGCAUAUGAAAAGAAUCAACAAGUUGGAAAUCAACAACAACAACAACAAGUUGAAAUUAAAAAAGAUAUUAAUAUCAAUUGUGGAAUACUCAAUGUAUAA